AUGGCGUCGUCGCUCUUCAUCCUCGACUUGAAGGGCAAGACGUUGCUCUGUCGCAACUACCGCGGCGAUAUUCCCAUGUCGGCCGUGGAGAAGUUCAUGCCGCUCAUGAAUGACUUGGAGGAGGAAGGCAAGACCUCGCCUGUCUUUACAGAUGCAGGCAUCAACUACCUCUACAUCAAGCACAACAACUUGUACCUCCUUGCAUUGACGCGACGCAAUUCGAAUGCAUUUGAGAUCUUGCAAUUCCUGCAUAAAGUAGUGCAGGUGCUCACAGAGUAUUUCAAGGAGCUUGAGGAAGAGUCUAUUCGGGACAAUUUUGUGGUGAUCUACGAGCUGCUCGACGAAAUGAUGGACUUUGGCCAUCCGCAAACAACGGAGACCAAGAUCCUGCAAGAGUAUAUUACACAGGAAUCACACAGGCUCGAAGUACAAGCACGUCCGCCGAUCGCAGUAACAAACGCUGUCAGCUGGCGUUCGGAGGGAAUUCGUUACCGCAAAAAUGAAGUCUUCCUGGAUGUAGUGGAGUCUGUCAAUCUCAUGGUCUCAAGCACAGGCAAUGUUGUACGGUCAGAGAUUCUCGGCGCAGUCAAGAUGAAGUGCUUUCUAUCUGGUAUGCCAGAACUACGACUUGGCCUAAACGACAAGGUCAUGUUUGAAUCUACUGGCCGGACAUCACGCGGCAAGUCGAUCGAAAUGGAGGAUGUCAAGUUCCACCAGUGCGUUCGACUCUCCCGUUUUGAGAACGACCGUACCAUCUCCUUCAUUCCACCGGAUGGCGAAUUCGAGCUCAUGUCGUAUCGCCUGUCUUCUGCCGUCAAGCCGCUCAUUUGGGUGGAAACCAUCCAGGAAUCACACAGCGGCAGCCGCAUAUCUUACAUGAUCAAAGCGAAAGCACAAUUCAAACGUCGCUCAACGGCAAACAACGUCGAGAUUCUCAUUCCUGUUCCAGACGAUGCUGACUCGCCGCGCUUCAGAACGAGCAUCGGAACGGUUCACUAUGCACCAGAGAGAUCUGCCAUUGUAUGGACCAUCAAGCAGUUUGGCGGUGGUCGUGAAUUCUUAAUGCGUGCAGAGCUAGGCCUGCCCAGUGUCCGCUCAGAAUCCCAGGAGACGGUGAAGCGGCCGGUCGAGGUCAAGUUUGAGAUUCCAUACUUUACGACAAGUGGCAUCCAGGUACGAUACCUCAAGAUUAUUGAGAGCAAGCUCAACUAUCCUGCUCUGCCGUGGGUCAGGUACAUUACACAAAACGGAGAAUGCUUCUUUAGACUUUCAUAG